GUGGAACGUCAACAUGCUUCCUCCCACAUGUCUGCUCAGCUGGUACCUUGAGUAAACCUGAUUCAAGCUUCUCUAACCUGCAGCAGGUAUGUCUUCCUGUUAUCCCACUCCUGUGUACUCCCAUGCUGGACGAGGAGACUUCAGAGAUGUUUACGAGCCUGCAGAAGACUCUUUCCUCUUGAUCGACGCUCUGGAGAAAGACGCACAGCUGCUGCAGGAGAUGAGCCCGUCUUUGUGUGUGGAGGUGGGCAGUGGCUCUGGAGUGGUGUCAGCUUUCCUGGGAUCAGUGGUUGGACCUUCUGCUGUCUAUCUUUGCACUGAUGUGAAUCCUGCAGCUGCGCAGUGCACAGCAAAGACAGCUUCCUGCAACAAUGCGUCACUGCAGCCUGUCAUCACAUCCUUGGUGGACUGUCUUCUGCCCCGCUUGAGUGGCAAAGUGGAUGUCCUUCUCUUCAACCCCCCCUAUGUGGUCACACCUUCAGAGGAGGUUGGCAGCACAGGAAUAGAGGCUGCCUGGGCCGGCGGGAAGCGAGGGCGAGAGGUGACGGACAGAUUCCUGCCUGUGGUAGCACAGUUGCUCUCCAGUAAAGGGCUAUUCUAUCUCAUUACCAUUGCAGAGAAUGAGCCAGAGGAGAUCAUCCGUAUUCUGGGCAAAUGUGGUUUGAAGGGAGAGCCAUGCAUGUCGACUAGAGCUGGAAAUGAGAGGCUGUCCGUCCUGCGCUUCCAAAGGAGCUAACAGUCGUGUAUAAAUCCCCUGAAAAGAUUACAGGAACUGAUAAAGAUUUUCAGGACAUCAUUUUUGCCAAACGGGAUGCAGUAUUGUCUGCAAGGAAGGACAAAUGCAGAGGAAAACUAAGACUUUUUUGGAUUAAAGCUCUGAACAACAACUUCUUUUGCAAGGAAUUCAGCGAAAGGACUAAGAUGCCUGUUGUACUGAAUAUUUGAAAAUAAAGAAACCAAUGCCACAAAAAAAUGACUGUAACCAAGACCGUUUCAAUAGGGAAAUUUCAGCUACACAUACAUUAAAGAAUUCUAUUCAGACAGCAAUACAAGAAGAACCACUUACUUACAUUUUUU